AUGGUGGAGUAUCUGCUGCGUGCCCAGCUUUUCCCCAGGCCCCAGGACACUGUAGUGAGCAGGUGGGGGGAUGUGGAGGCAACUCAGAGGCCUAGAGCUCUGGGCCAGCCCUCUGCAAAAGUGUGCUUUGAGCACUAUCUGGUGAGGAAGGGUGAAGGGCUCAUGUGCCCUGUCCUGCAGCGAGCACACGCGCGCGCACACGCACCCCGUCGCCAGCCCCGACACGCGGUGACACCCGCUCCGCUGGCGGCCGGCCCCGGGGCUCGGCCCUCCCUCGGCGGCGCGCCAGCCACACACACGCCGCCGCCGCCGCCGCGCUCGCGGCCACAUUCCGGGCGGAGUCACGCUCCCGCCGCGCGGCCCCGAGCGGCCCCGAGCGGCCCCGAGCGGCCCGCGGCGCUUCUGCUCCGUUCGCUUCCAGCGCCGGGACCGCAGCGGGCGGGCCGGGAUGAGCUCAGCCGCCGCCGCCCGCCGGCCUCCGCGCCUAACUCGCUCCAGAUGCCCGGGCCCGGCCUGCAGCGCGACCCGCGGGCGCCCCCUGCAGGAGGCGGGCGGCCCGCCGGCCCCGCGGCCCUGCUCCUGUGUGGGGCCCCCCGCCUGCCCCCCCACCCCGCGUGCUUUCCGGGUCGCCGGCCCACGCCCCCUCCUCCUGGUCGGCCCCGCUUUCCUGCGCCCGCCUGCCCGCCUGCCCUUGCUCAGACCUCGGGUGAGCCCCUCCCCCCGCUCCCCGGUGCCCCCCGGGGCGCCGACCCUCCGCCAGGGUGUGGCCAAGUCACUGCGAAAAUCUUGGGAGGAGAGGCGGCCGAAGAAGGGAAGUGGCCCUGGCAGGUGAGCCUAAGGAUCAACCAGAAACACGUGUGUGGAGGCUCCCUCAUCACACAGCAGUGGGUGCUGACUGCCGGCCACUGUAUUUUAAGCCAUUUUAGCUACACUGUCAAGAUGGGAGACCGAAGUAUCUAUGAAGAAAACACAAGUGUGGUGGUCCCUAUCCGAAACGUCAUUGUCCACCCUCAGCUCUCAGUAAUUGGAUCCAUUCAGAAGGACCUUGCCCUUCUGCAGCUCCUCUACCCUGUAAACUUCAGCAUGACCAUACAGCCUAUAUGCAUUCCUCAGAAGACUUUCCAGGUGGAAGCUGGGACCACAUGCUGGGUGACUGGAUGGGGCAGACAAGAAGAAUAUGGCAGCAAACUUGUUGCACAUAUUCUCCAAGAGGUCGAUCAAGACAUCAUCCACCACAAGAGGUGUAACGAGAUGAUUCAGAAAGCCAUGACAACAAAUAAGAGUGUAGUACUGGAAGGCAUGAUUUGUGGCUAUAAAGCAGCAGGCAAGGAUUCUUGUCAGGGAGAUUCUGGGGGCCCUCUGGUCUGUAAAUUUCAGGACACAUGGGUCCAGGUGGGAAUCGUGAGCUGGGGCUUUGGCUGUGGUCAUAGAAAUGUGCCUGGAGUUUAUAUGGACAUUGCUUCCUAUGCUGAGUGGAUAGUUAACGUGAUGAACCAGGCUGCCUCUUUGUAUUCAGUGGUGUUACUCAUCCCACUUCUGUGCCUGGUGCUGCCGCUGGGCAUCCUGAUGGCCCCGUGAUCACCCUCACCCACUCCCCUGUUUCUGAGUCUCAGACCGGGCCUGGCCUCUCCUCUGACCUCCUGCUCCUACUCAAAUGCCCUUUCCUGAGCCUGGGUGGAUCAGUGGUUGAGCAUCUGCCUUUGGCUCAGGGCAUGAGCCCGGGGUCCCGGGAUUGAGUCCUGCAUGAGUCUCCCUGCAGGGAACCUGCUUCUCCCUCUGCCUAUGUAUCUGCCUCUCUCACUGUGUCUCUCAUGAACAAAUAAAAUCUUAAAAAAAAAAAAAAGCCCCUUCCUGCAAUUCUGGUUGGCAUCCACUGACCCUGUAGAGGACCACACAGUAGAAGAUGGCAGCAAGACUGGAGCCCAGAAAGUGCCCCAGCCUGAUGCCCCAAUCACCUGCCUCGGCCACACCCACACCUUGGCUGUGCUCUGCCUGCCUGGAAGGAGGGAGUGCAAGCAUGCCAGCCUGAGAGCCAGCCAGCCUGCAAGGCAGACCCCGGUGCGUCCUUGCCAUCUUGGAGAGCCCCGACCACAGAAGAGACCUCAGGAGCAGUGAGACAGCACCGGAGCUGGGUGUGGGCUCAGGCUGUCACCUGAGACUCUGUCAGAGCAGUCAGCUUGCUGGUGGUGCAGAGAGAGAGGUGUCACCAUGUCCCUGCUGAGGUGGGAGGCCUGGGGUUUCCACAUCUGCCUCGGGUGUGUCUGGGGCUGCGAGGAGUUCCCCUGUACCCAGCAAGGAUCUCCCUGUGCAUGGUCAGCCUGUGGCACAUGGGCCCUCUGUGAUGGCAGCCCCGUGAUGGGGGCCCCCUUCCUCAGUAGCUAGUGGCCACAUCCAGGCUCACCCCAA